GGGAAUCUGGCGGAUACCUGUGGAUGAGAUAGAUCGCCCCGGCAGUUUUGCUUCUCAUAUGAACCGUUCCAUCGUGCUCCUUCUGAACGUUCUGGCCCAACUCAAAGACUCCAACACGCUACUGACAAUCUCUUGCAUGCUACAGAGGACCCCCGAUCAGGGGAAGAAGUAUUUGCGGGAUGCGGAUCGGCAGGUUUUGGCAAAGAAAGCUUUCAUUCUCACCGUAAAAGUGUUGGAGGACACACUUAGUGACUUGACUGGGGAUUGCCAGAGUUCGGACCCCAGUUCAUUCCUUACAACUUCCAUGACAACAGACGUGUCAGGCCGGCCCACAUCAGAGGACCGGAAAGAUGUACCACCCAGGAAGAACAUGGUUCUGGGAGAAGGGGUGGCUGCUGGCCCAGAGAAUGGAGGCAAAGAAACUGUUCAGGGUCCUGCUACUCAGGCUAUGGAAACAGGAGAAGCCAGGAUUGUAAAAGAGGCACUUAAGACUCAGUCUUCUGAACCCAUGGACCAUGAUGGAUACUUCUGCAAUGCUGAGAAACGUGCAGACCUUUUCCGAAAGGACUUGGCUAAGCCUCAUAAGGAGAAAGGACCUGAGGGACCAGAGCUAUCACUAGAAGAACUUAGCAUUAGUUCAAAGCAUCACCUGCCUGCAGGGAGCAGGGGCCUGGACAGCAUGCACAGCAAAUGGAGGAGGUACCGCACCGAGCCAGCCGCAAGCGAAAGCUGCUGGAUGAUACAGAUGACAGUAAAAACCUACUUCUGGAGGCCUACAGGGUUUGGCAGCAAGGUCAAAAAGUAACAUCGUACGACUUGGCCAAGAUCGAAAAUAUUAUGUGUAAAACGUAUAUGCUAAUAAAACAGGUGGAUGAAGGUGCUGCAUUAGAGCAAGCCAUAAAAUUCUGCCAACUUCAGAUGGGAGCAGCUGCACAGAAGCAGCAACCUUCAGAUACUCCAAGCACUCCAAAGACUACAAAAGAACCCCGGGAGAUACCUUUCCCAUUGCCAGCUGUCUCAGUACAACUCACUCCCCUCAACCUGUCCUCAUUCACUUCAGAGAGCCUACUGCGACUCUCUGAGCACCAGGUGAAAGUUCGGUCAUCACAAGCCACCUCAUCAUCUCAGCCUGAGGCCAGCCGAGGAACCGGGACCAAAGCCUGCUCUACCAUGUCGCAAGCCAACCGUAAUGAACAUGUGGAGGACACAUCAUUUCCUCGUCAAGACUCACGUGUAAGCCAACCUGCCAAAGCUGCAACUAUCAGCACAACAUCAGACUCCUCCGAUUGGCAUUCGGACAGGGUCACAAGCUUUGCCAGUACCAGUCACACAGAGACAGCCUGCAGCUCCAAACCAUCAGCAGAUCCCAGUGUCCAGGCCAGUAAAUUAGAAACUGCACGAAACAAGCCUCGGGUUCCCCCACAUGUGCCAAAGCUCUUCAUUCCCUCUUCCAGUGUCAGCAAAUUCCCACCAGAGAUCACAGUCACACCUCCAACACCAACCCUUCUCUCUCCCAAGGGUAGCAUCUCUGAGGAAACCAAGCAGAAGCUGAAGUCUGUCAUCCUGUCAUCUCAGUCUGCUGCCAAUGUGAAGAAGGAGACUUUGUGCCAACCAGCUCUAGAGAUCUUGGACACUUCCAGCCAGGAAUCAUCCCUUGAGAGCGACACGGAUGAGGAUGAUGACUACAUGGACAUCUAA